AUGCACAAAAGAUCUGUGGAUAGUAAAACGCUUCGUUUGGAAAUGCCACUAUCGCGCAAUAAAAGACUAGCAGCGAUAACUUCGAGUAAUCAUAAGUCUCUAACCACACUAUUAACCGGCACAAAAGAUUCGAUUCUGAGCGUUCAGGAAGGUACUGAUGGCAAGAUUUCGUCUAACAUGUCAACCAAAAUUGCUCAUCAUCUUGCUAUGAGUUCAGAACCGGAUUUCACGGUAAUGAACAACGAUUUAACCCUUAAUCAUGAGCAAAGGCAAGACAACCGCCAUUCAGAACUUAACACCAAAAUGCAGUUUUUGAAAAUCAAAAUGGACGAAAUUAUAAGGCAAGAUUUUAACUUCCUGUUAGAUAAAAUUUGCUCGCUUACAAAUUUCAAAGCCCAUUCAAUCAAAAGCAUUGCUCAGAUCAAUCCAACCAGCGCAGCUCGUAUUCUUUUGAAUCGAGAAGACAUAUUUGCCUUGUCGGCAGGAGACGUAUUAAUGGUCUCCAAAUGCAAAGAAAUCAUUGUUGAUGAAAUUAUCUUUGAUCAUAGAGUGAAGGGAAUUUGUUAUAUUUUCACUCCAGUCAGAUCUGGGAAAAUAUUUUAUUUCAUACAACCAGGUACACGUGACCUUGUUAAACAUAGUCCUCAAGCAGAUUGCGGACAUUUACCAUUUGGCAUUUAUAAUGACGGGAACAACCACUACAAAUCACCCUCGGGCUAUGCUCAGGUGACUAAUAUUCAUUUAAACUUACCUAACAGUCUGGCACAUGAAAACUUUGUAUUUAAUUCUCCUCCUAUAUUUCAUUCCGAUCUUGCUAGAAUUUCAACCAACUUAUACCUAAUUAAAAACCGUCUCAACGCAAUGAAUGAUCUCUAUACCGUAAAAUCAAAACAAUCGAACGAAGCUGGAUCAAUACCAAAUCAACUCGGACAGGAAUUGACGGACACGGCCGCAUCUUUAGAAUCCAACGCUGGAGAGUUUCUUCAGUCACAAAAGGAAAAAAUUCUCGAAUCUCUUGGACUACAUAGUUUGGUCAGGACGAUUGUCAUCGUGUCCAUCUGUCUCUUCUUCGUCGUCGCAGUUGCAAUUCUCUAUUGUCAAACAGCUUUGUUCAGGAUACCUUUGAAUCUCUUCUUCCGGAGUAUGGGCGCUUUCAUAAGAUUCCUUUUUGCUGCUACUUGCAAAAAGAAAAGUUCUUCAUUUGUCGUCACGACAAAGCAACAACGACAUACUCAGGGAGACCCCGUAGUUAAUCUAGAAUCAGUUAAUGUACCAACUCAACUUCCAACAAUUCAUCUACCGGCUGCUCCUCUUCCAAUGAUUAAUAUGCCAGCACCCCCUCCAACAAUCAUCAGGUUACCAAAAGUUCCAGCUCCUCCAAUCCAUUUAACUAAGCCAGAACCUUUUCUAAAUUUUCUCCCAGGUAUUUCCUGCCUUCAUAAUGGAUAUAAUAGCCAAAUGAUAUAUAUUCCGGCAAAGCUCAACAAUUCAUCGAUUGUCGCUCUUCUUGACACGGGAUCCGCUCUUACAAUUGUUUCUGAUACCGUAGCUCGAAAAAUCAACGCUCAGCUUUCACGGUCCAUCAUUACAAAAGGUAUAACAGCAAAUGGAUCCACGAUGAAUCUACUUGGAAAUGAUGGAAAUCUCGGUCGUUAUAAAGGUCCCAUAACUCACAGUAUUAAUUUUGUACCACACCCAACAACCCCCAAACAAAGACCGUACCGAGUACCCUUGGAAAAACGGAACGAAAUUGAACGACAAAUCCAAGAAAUGUUGAGAACACGUAUCAUAGAGCCUAGUACCAGUAAAUUUCGCCUCUCCAAUAGUCUUGGUUAA